AUGGAUUUCCUUCUCGGAGACUUCUGCUUGUCCUGCGACAGACAAACCAACGGCACAGCCUUCUGUUCUUCGGCAUGCCGUCUUACACAACUCGACCACUUCACUCUGGGCUCUGAAUCCACCCCAUCGUCGUUCAGUGACACCCGGUCCUAUUCUUCGGUCACACAGCGCCCUUCCCUGUCCGUGUCCCCAGGCUUCUACCUGCCCCCAGCGUACGACUUCUCUAUCCACCGGACACCCUCAUCGAAUUCUCUCUCCAUGUCUUUGACCUCAAGGCCUCACAGUCCAAAAUUGUCUGAACAGGCCCAGAAUGAUCUCAAAGACUAUGUGGGCUCCUUUGACCAAACCCGAACUUUACGACGAAGAGUCUCGAUGCAAAGCAGCGAGGACACCAAGACCUCAUCCAAAGCUUGA